AUGAACUUUUCAACAUUUGAUUCAUGCAAGGCUAUAGAGGAGGCUGCAAGAAGAAGGAGUGAUGAGAGCAUGCUGUUGAAGUUUUCAGGAGUUUAUUUGAUUGCUGCGGAGGCCAGGUAUCAUAAACACUGCCGCUCCCAAUAUGUAAGUAAAUCCAACCUAAUGUUUGUUGACUUUCGAGUUGAUGGGGAGGAAGAUGUUUACACCCAAGCGUUCCAAAACCUGAGAGAGGAGAUCAAACCUCAGUUAGAAUCAGGAGUGGCCCUUGAUAUGAAAACCCUCUUGGACUCUUACCUGGGAGUGUUGCAACACCUUGGCUGCAACACAGCAAAAAGUUACAAGUCAGAGAGGUUAAAACGCAGACUGCAACAAAGUUUUCAAGAGGAAAUUGUCUUUCAGAAGCUACCGGAUCCCUGGAAGCCGGAGUUGGUUUACUCUAGCUCUAUAUCUUUGCAGGAUGUCAUCAAUUCAGCCGCUAAGAAAAGUUGCCAUUUGGCUAAAAUGUCAGCGUCUUCUGAAGAUGAAUCCUCAAACAGCCAGGGUCAGAAUGAUGUCAAUUCCAUACUAUACCACGCCGCUCAAAUACUGAGGUCAAGCAUACGGUGUGAAAUCAAAAGUAUAGGGAUCCAACCUGUUGAUGUGGAGGACAUCAGUGCCUGUAACGUAAAGAGUUUAAUGCCUAAAGAUCUUUACAAUUUUUUGUGCUUGAUGAUCUAGAAUCCAGAUAAAGUUGAUGUAUCUGCUCCGACUGCUUCCAAUGCCGCAGAUGAGCGACAUACUUUAGCAAUUGCACAAGAUCUAAUAUAUGCAGCAACUCAUGGUCGCUUGAAGACCCCUAAGCACAUUGGUUUGGCGAUGUCCGUUCGCCAUAUGACAGGUUCAAAACACCUGGUAACGAUGUUAAACAGAUUCGGUCACUGCUGUUCUUAUGAUGACAUAGAAGUAGUUGACACUAGCCUAGCAUUAGACAUUAUAGCCAGCUCAGAAAAUCUGGGUGCUGUUGUUCCAUCUAACAUUUCACCAGGAGUGUUUGUUCAAGUCGCGGGAGACAAUAACGAUAUCAAUGAGAAGACACUAGACGGCAAGCAAACUACUCAUGCCACUACACUUGUCCUGUACCAAAGAAAGCAACAAGGGCCAAAACCGAAACCUGCAGUUCGUCCUGCUCAUUCAGAAAAACGACGGUCUCUUAACAUCUCAGAUGCAAAUCCACCCCUGUUGGAGUUUGGUGCUUGUGGCAAGCGGCCUGCCGUAACCUUUUACAGAGACAAAAUAGAAGAGUGGUUUCAGUCCUCAAGCUCGCUCUGUACCACUGCAAUUCAGAUGGAUUUUGGUUGGUUUUUAACAAGUCUGUGUACCCACCAGUUGUUUAGUGAAAAUCUACAUAACCGCGACGGCGUUUUUCAGCCGUUGCCAAGUUGGAGUGGGUUUAACGCAAAGAUAGCAAGUGAGCCGCCACCCUAGACCUCCGUUGGUUACUGUCCAAUGAUCAAUGGUUCACCUACUGAAUACAGUACAGUUUACACUGCCAUGAAGAACGUCCAAGCAAUGAUGGAUGUACUACACCAGAAGCACAGUGUAAUUACGUUUGACCUGGCAAUCUACAUGAAGGCCAAAGAGAUUCAGUGGCGACAGCUUGAAGAAUUUAAGAACACAGUGGUCCGAAUGGGAGGUUUUCAUAUAGCAUUAAACUUCCUCUCAGUUAUUGGAAAGAUUUUCCAGGACAGUGGCAUUGAAGACCUGCUAAUAGAAUCUGGUGUGUAUGGAUGCCACACGGCAUCUAUGCUAUUGAAGGGAAAGUCAUACAACAGAGGUGUGCGUGCACAUAAGCUUGUUCUCGAUGCACUACUGAGACUGCAGUGGCAAGCAUUUGGAGCUUGGAUGGAAGCUGAGAACGUCGAGCUCCCAACAGUAUAUCAGCGCCAGUGUUUAUCUUUAAUAAACUGUUGUCAAAGAGAAAGUAAUAAUGUAGCCUCUCUGAAGACCUCAUUCGGUCUUCUCUGCUACGAACUCCCACAACUUCAACAAAUUUUCGCGAGAUUCUGCACAGAAGCUAGUCAGCAGUCUAAACUAUUCCACUUCUGGAAUAUGUGUAUUGACAUUGUUCUAUUGCUGUUGCGAUUCAUUUGA